CCCCCUCUAGUAUGUCACAAUGGAAGUAUUUAGGGCACAGUUAACGAACUUUCAGUUGAAGGAAACGGAGUUGUAGUCCCCCUGCGGGUGCUCAGGACCACGUCCCAACUUGUAAUAGAAUCCACAAAGCAAGGAACGGCAAAUCGCAAACUUUAUUCACCCAUCUGUGGCGAGUGCUACGUUUCGGCUCUUACAAUACAGAACUAUACAACUUCCUGAGGAGCAUACAGCAGCUGAUAAAGAAUGGAGAAGCCGGACACUCAGCAGACGACCCGCAGACCCCGUGGUCACCGCCUUGCCAAGCGCAGCUCCCGUGAUGACCCGGAGGUGUGUGUGGUGUUUCCUGGACUGGUGACCCGGGAGAGCUGCUGCCGCUUCACCUGUGAGCUCCUGAAGCAUAUCCUGCACCAGAGGCACCAGCUACCCCUGCCCUACGAACAGCUGCUCCUCUUCUGUCAGGGGCAGCAGGCUGCAGACGUUUCGGUGAGACGGACCAUAAAAGAGACGUCUGAUGCCCGCCACUGCCAGCGCACCCUGUCGGACUUAGCAGAGUUAAUGUCGCAGCUGGACGCCUUCUUCACGCUGACCCCUGUGCCCCGUGUCCUGCUGCUACUGGGAGGAUCCCCCGUCAGCCCUAAGGAGCUGUAUGUGAUAGACAUGGAGGGCAUCCAGGUGGGCAAUGGAGAGCAGAGUCUGAGCCCGCGCCCCUGCCUUCGCCAGCUGUUUCGGUCACUCUUUUUGGCGGACCCGUUUAGUGACCUGCGCUCCUCCGGCCUCCUGAGUCUGGUGCUGAUGGUCCAGGGCCAUCGAGACUGUGCCACAGACUGGUUCCAACCCAAACUCAAUUACAAGGUGCCCACCAGGGGCCACUCUCUGACCAUCAAACUGUCCAGCAGUGGAGCCGAAACCACCACGUAUCACAGCGACGACUACAUCUGGUUCCAGGCGCCAAUCACAUUAAAAGGAUUUCACAACUGAAGACCACGGGGGGUGGGGGGUAUUAUCUUAUGUGCAUCCCAUGUAAUCAGCGCAUCAUGCAUGCCCCCACCUAUGUGCCCGGCUGUUAGCUUACUCUCCUCCAGUGAAUAUUUACUGUGGUGCCCCAGAGGCGCAGUCCUUAUAACAGCCACAUAUUACCUCCAGAGCUGGAAUCCUUAGGCCUAGACAUGUGACAUCUUCACACUUGACAGGAGCGCUCGGUCCCCGGCUGCUGGUGGCCGGGCGCUCGGUCCCCGGCUGCUGGUGGCCGGGCGCUCGGUCCCCGGCUGCUGGUGGCCGGGCGCUCGGUCCCCGGCUGCUGGUGGCCGGGCGCUC